CACCAGCUGAAAGGCCAGAGCAACAUCGAGACCUCAGGGGAUCCACCUACAUCAACUCUAUUCAGCAUCUGUGAGGCUGUCCCACACUUUACAUCCAAGAUGGGCAGGAUCAUCUUCUACGAGGACAAGAACUUCCAGGGCCGACGCUACGAGUCUGAGAGCGACUGCUCAGAUUUCCACGCCUACCUGAGCCGCUGCAACUCCAUCCGAGUGGAGAGUGGGGACUGGGUGGUGUACGAGAAGCCCAACUACAUGGGCUACCAGUACGUUCUACCCAGGGGGGAGUACCCAGAGUACCAGCGCUGGAUGGGGCUCAACGACCGCCUCAGCUCCUGCAAGAUGAUCCACAUUGGCAGAGUGACCCUGUACAAGAUCUCCCUGUAUGAGAAGGCUGACUUUGGGGGCCAGAUAGUCGAAGCCACAGAGGACUGCCCUUCGCUUCUGGAGAAGUUCCGUUUGAGGGAGGUCAACUCCUGUAAGGUCAACGAUGGCUGGUGGAUUUUCUACGAGCACCCCAACUACCGCGGACGCCAGUACUUCCUGGAGAAGGGGGAGUACCGCAAGCCUGGCGACUGGGGAGCCGUCAGUCCUGUGGUCCAGUCCUUCAGGCGCUUCACUGAAUGAUCCAUCCAAACUUCGGAAAGACCAUAUACAAGCUACGUCAGGGCACUCACAGUUGAUAUUUGGCAAAGACUCUCACUGAU